CACUGACAGCUCUGUGAAAGAAAAAAAACAAACCAAAACAAAGCGAUCCACGACACGGGAUGCUUAUGCAAAGUCAUCGCUUACAAUAAGUGGGAUUUUAAGGACAGCCCCGUCUCCUUACAAGGCACCAGGAAGCACCGACUCCGCUCAGUAGGAGUUAACGCGGACUAGUUUCCUCAGCGGAGGUGCGGAGUUUUUGAUUCAGGACUCUGUGCAGUGGGGGGGAUACUGAAUGGGAGCAGUCACUGGAUUCGUGCGAUACCAACGCAAGCCACCCAGACCACCUACUACUGCCCAUCAAUUUUGACUUUUUGGGGCGUUCAGGGCACACAAAGAAGCAAGACCACCUCUGUCCUCUUGUUGUCCCCUUCCCCUCUCCUUCCUCACGGAGUCUGCAGACAGAGAAAUCCUCCAGAAAUGGCUCAGAUACUGCCGAUACGAUUUCAGGAACAUCUGCAGUUGCAGAACCUGGGUGUGAACCCGGCCAACAUUGGCUUCAGCUAUCUGACCAUGGAGUCGGACAAGUUCAUCUGCAUCCGAGAGAAGGUGGGCGAGCAGAACCAGGUGGUGAUCGUGGACAUGUCGGACCCCACCAACCCGAUCCGGAGGCCGAUCUCCGCCGACAGCGCCAUCAUGAACCCCACCAGCAAGGUCAUCGCCCUGAAAGACGCCGCCAGGACGCUGCAGAUCUUCAACAUCGAGAUGAAGAGCAAGAUGAAGGCUCACACCAUGACAGAGGAGGUCAUGUUCUGGAAGUGGAUAUCCGUGAAUACCGUUGCUUUGGUGACGGAUACCGCAGUCUAUCACUGGAGCAUGGAGGGGGACUCCCAACCAGCCAAAGUGUUCGAUCGGCACGCCAGUCUGGCAGGAUGUCAGAUCAUUAACUACAGAACUGACGAGCAACAGAAGUGGCUGCUGCUGAUAGGGAUCUCUGCACAGCAAAACCGUGUGGUUGGAGCGAUGCAGCUGUAUUCAGUGGACAGGAAAGUGUCCCAGCCCAUCGAGGGCCAUGCUGCUGCCUUCGGGGAGUUCAAGGUGGAGGGAAAUGCCAAACCUUCCACCCUCUUCUGCUUUGCUGUGCGCUCACAGGCCGGAGGAAAGUUACACAUAAUUGAAGUUGGUCAGCCGGCCACAGGAAACCAGCCAUUUGCUAAGAAAGCAGUUGAUGUGUUCUUCCCACCAGAGGCCCAGACAGACUUUCCAGUAGCUAUGCAGAUUGGCAGUAAACACGGUGUAAUAUAUUUGAUCACAAAGUACGGUUACAUUCACCUGUACGACCUGGAGUCUGGAGUGUGCAUCUACAUGAACCGAAUCAGUGCAGAGACCAUCUUUGUUACUGCUCCACAUGAAGCCACCUCGGGAAUCAUUGGUGUCAACAAGAAGGGACAGGUGUUGUCGGUGUGUGUUGAAGAGGAAAACAUCGUCAACUACGCCACGAACGUCCUGCAGAACCCCGACUUAGCUCUGAGGAUGGCUGUGAGGUCGAACCUUGCCGGGGCCGAGGAGCUUUUUGCCAGGAAGUUCAACACUCUGUUUGCUCAGGGAAGUUAUUCAGAGGCUGCAAAGGUUGCUGCAUCAGCACCAAAGGGUAUCCUGCGGACGGCGGAAACCAUCCGUAAGUUUCAGAGUGUCCCGGCCCAGCCAGGUCAGGCCUCUCCACUCUUGCAGUACUUCGGGAUUCUUUUGGACCAGGGCCAGCUCAACAAGUUUGAGUCUUUGGAGCUGUGCAGGCCAGUCCUGCAGCAGGGCCGCAAGCAGCUGCUGGAGAAAUGGCUAAAGGAGGACAAGCUGGAGUGCUCAGAGGAGCUGGGAGACCUGGUGAAGGCCUCUGACCCCACACUCGCUCUUAGUGUGUAUCUCAGAGCUAACGUCCCCAACAAGGUCAUCCAGUGCUUUGCAGAGACUGGCCAGUUCCAGAAGAUAGUGUUGUAUGCUAAAAAGGUGGGCUACACGCCAGACUGGGUGUUUCUGCUGAGAAAUGUGAUGCGUGUUAAUCCAGACCAGGGACUGCAGUUUGCCCAGAUGCUGGUCCAGGACGAGGAGCCUCUGGCCAACAUCAACCAGAUCGUGGAUGUGUUCAUGGAGGGGAGCCUGAUCCAGCAGUGCACCUCCUUCCUUUUGGAUGCUUUAAAGAACAACCGGCCGGCCGAAGGACACCUACAGACACGUCUGCUUGAGAUGAACCUCAUACACGCCCCUCAGGUGGCAGAUGCAAUCCUGGGGAACCAGAUGUUCACGCACUAUGACCGUGCCCACGUUGCUCAGCUGUGCGAGAAGGCGGGGCUGCUGCAGAGAGCUCUUGAACACUACACCGACCUCUAUGAUAUCAAACGAGCCGUGGUGCACACACAUCUGCUCAACCCCGAGUGGCUGGUGAACUUUUUCGGCUCCCUGUCGGUCGAAGACUCCGUGGAGUGUUUGAGGGCCAUGCUGUCGGCAAACAUCCGGCAGAACCUGCAGCUGUGCGUCCAGGUAGCAUCGAAGUAUCACGAGCAGCUGGGAACUCAGACAUUAGUGGAGCUUUUUGAAUCGUUCAAGAGUUAUGAGGGCCUGUUUUACUUCCUUGGGUCGAUUGUGAAUUUCAGCCAGGAGCCAGACGUUCACUUUAAGUACAUCCAGGCUGCCUGUAAGACCGGCCAGAUCAAAGAAGUGGAGAGAAUCUGCAGAGAGAGCAACUGUUACGACCCAGAGAGGGUUAAAAACUUCCUCAAGGAGGCUAAGCUCACAGACCAGCUUCCUCUUAUCAUUGUGUGUGAUCGCUUUGACUUCGUCCACGACCUGGUGCUCUACCUCUACCGCAACAGUCUGCAGAAAUACAUUGAAAUUUACGUACAGAAAGUGAACCCCAGUCGUUUACCGGUGGUGAUCGGCGGCUUACUGGACGUUGACUGUGCUGAGGAUGUCAUCAAGAACCUGAUCAUGGUCGUCAGAGGGCAGUUUUCCACUGAUGAACUGGUGGAGGAAGUAGAGAAGAGGAACAGGUUGAAGCUUUUAUUGCCGUGGCUGGAGUCCCGUAUCCACGAAGGAUGCGAGGAGCCAGCCACCCACAACGCCCUGGCCAAGAUCUACAUCGACAGUAACAACACGCCUGAGCGUUUCCUGAAGGAGAACCCGUUCUACGACAGUGCCGUGGUCGGACGCUACUGCGAGAAGAGGGACCCCCACCUGGCCUGUGUCGCCUACGAGAGAGGACAGUGUGACCUGGACCUCAUCAAAGUGUGCAAUGAGAAUUCUUUAUUUAAAAGCGAGGCUCGGUAUCUGGUACGAAGGAAAGAUCCAGAGCUUUGGGCAAACGUGUUGGAAGAAAACAACCCUUACAGAAGACAACUCAUUGACCAGGUGGUGCAGACAGCUCUGUCAGAGACCCAAGACCCAGAGGAGGUGUCAGUCACAGUCAAGGCCUUCAUGACUGCAGACCUGCCCAAUGAGCUCAUCGAACUGCUGGAGAAGAUCGUACUUGAUAACUCAGUCUUCAGUGAACACAGAAACCUCCAGAAUCUGUUGAUACUGACGGCCAUCAAGGCAGACCGUACGCGUGUUAUGGAGUACAUCAACAGGCUGGACAACUACGAUGCUCCCGAUAUUGCGAACAUCGCUAUUAGCAACGAGCUCUUUGAGGAGGCGUUCGCUAUUUUCAAGAAGUUUGAUGUGAACACCUCGGCCAUACAGGUAUUGAUAGAGCACAUAGGGAACUUGGAUCGUGCCUACGAGUUUGCGGAGCGAUGCAACGAGCCCGCGGUUUGGAGCCAGUUAGCCAGAGCCCAGCUGCAGAGAGACCUAGUCAAAGAGGCCAUCGACUCGUACAUUAAAGCCGUUGACCCGUCGGCGUACAUGGAGGUGGUGAACGCAGCCAGCAAGAACAAUAACUGGGAAGACUUGGUGAAGUUUCUACAGAUGGCUCGAAAGAAAGCCAGAGAGUCGUACGUGGAGACUGAGCUCAUCUUUGCUUUAGCUAAAACGAACCGUCUGGCAGAGCUGGAAGAAUUUGUCAGUGGGCCCAACAAUGCUCACAUACAGCAGGUUGGCGAUAGAUGUUACGAAGAAGGCAUGUACGAAGCAGCCAAACUCCUGUACAACAAUGUGUCCAACUUUGCUCGACUUGCCUCCACAUUAGUCCACCUGGGAGAGUACCAGGCAGCCGUGGACAGCGCCAGGAAAGCCAACAGCACACGGACGUGGAAGGAGGUGUGUUUUGCGUGUGUGGACGGCGAGGAGUUUCGGCUGGCGCAAAUCUGUGGCCUUCACAUCGUGAUCCACGCCGACGAGCUGGAGGACCUGAUCAGCUACUAUCAGGAUCGCGGGUAUUUCGAGGAGCUCAUCGCUCUGCUGGAGGCCGCGUUGGGCCUGGAGCGGGCCCACAUGGGGAUGUUCACGGAGCUCGCCAUCCUCUACUCAAAGUUCAAACCUCAGAAGAUGAGAGAGCACCUGGAGCUCUUCUGGUCCAGGGUCAACAUCCCAAAGGUCCUCCGUGCAGCAGAGCAGUCUCAUUUAUGGGCAGAGCUGGUUUUCCUGUACGAUAAAUACGAGGAGUACGACAACGCCGUUCUCACCAUGAUGAGCCACCCAACGGACGCGUGGAAAGAAGGGCUUUUCAAAGACACUAUCGCUAAGGUUGCCAAUGUGGAGCUGUACUACAAAUCUCUUUCCUUCUACCUGGAAUUCAAACCGCUCCUGCUCAAUGACCUGCUGACUAUUCUGUCUCCUCGGCUGGACCACAACCGAGCUGUCAGCUUUUUUAGCAAGAUGAACCAGCUGAAGUUGGUCAAGCCUUACUUGAGGUCUGUCCAGAGUCACAACAACAAAUCCGUCAAUGAAGCUCUGAACAAUCUGCUGACAGAGGAGGAAGACUACCAGGGCCUGAGAGCGUCCAUUGAUGCGUACGACAACUUUGACACCAUCGGCCUGGCCCAGAGGUUAGAGAAACACGAACUGAUCGAGUUCAGACGUAUCGCUGCUUAUCUGUACAAGGGAAACAACCGCUGGCGACAGAGCGUGGAGCUCUGCAAGAAAGACAAACUCUACAAGGAUGCCAUGCUGUACGCUGCAGAGUCCAAGGAUGCUGAGCUGGCAGAGACUCUGCUCCAGUGGUUCCUGGAGGAGGGCAGGAAGGAGUGCUUUGCCGCCUGCCUGUUCGCGUCUUAUGAUCUCCUGCACCCUGACGUGGUGCUGGAGGUGGCCUGGAGGCACAACAUCAUGGACUUCGCCAUGCCCUACUUCAUCCAGGUCAUGAGAGAGUACCUCACAAAGGUUGAUGAGUUUGCAGCGAAGGUGACGGUGGACAAACUGGACGAGGCAGAAAGCCAAAGGAAAACUGAAGAGGAGGUGACCGAGCCUCAGCCGAUUGUGUUUGGCCAGCAGCUGAUGUUGACCGCGUCUCCCACUCCUGUGGCUCCUCCGCCAGCGUACCCGGGCUACGGCUACCCUGCUGCCGCCGCAGGCUUCCCUGCUCAGCCUGCUUACGGCUUCAACAUGUAGAACCCCACCUCCUCCUCCUCCUCCUCCACCUCCUCCUCCACCUCCACAUAUCUCUCUCUUUGUCCCUCUCCCUCCCCGACACACACUCGCACACAUCCUCGGACUUGAACCACACUGAAACGUGCUGCUCUUGAUCUCAAGUGGCGGCGCAGAGACUGCUGACAUUUCACUGGCCUUCACUCCCCAGUGAGACUCCACCUGAGUUCACUGAAACCGCAACAGAAACUCUUCCUCUCCAGUCUCUCCUCCCCCUCCCCCGCGUCUCCUUUCCACUCGGACGUUAUAACCGCAUCACUGAUCUACACGGCAUGAAGUCACCUCUCAGCUCCUAGAGGAUUUAACACACUGAAGAUAACAUUAGUUGCACCAAACCACUCUGUCCUGUUGCUGUUCCACGUAGACUUUGUUAACCAUAGAGCAGCUUUUUUUUUUUUAUUUUCGGUUUCUUUUCAGCACUGAAGAAGAAGAAGAAGAGACUCUACUGAGGAGCGGAGGGGCACGUGUGUUUGUGUGUCUCCCCCUCCCUCCUAAAGCACUGUUACAGCCUUGCAUACUCGGAGGAGGCCGCAAAAGAAAAAGAAAGAGAUGGGCUCAUUUUAAUUUCACAACUGUCUCGUGAACCGAUUAGGAAAGACAGUUACUGUGCAAUAGUUUUGUUUGUCCUUUCACAACAGGUACAAAGUGUUUGCUGUAUGUGGACUAAGAACACUUGUAUGUGAGGUUACGGUUUGUGUGUGUGUGUGUGUGUGUGUGUGUGUGUGUGUGUGUGUGUGUGUGUGUGUGUGUGUGUGUGUGUGUGUGUGUGUGUGUGUGUGUGUGUGUGUGAGAGAGUGUGUGUGUUUAGCCUCCUCGAAAGCCUUUGUGGGAUAUUUUGCCAAACCAAGAGACACUCAAUGAAAUGUUCAUCCCCUUGCAGCCGCAAACCAGUUGACUUUUCAGACUCUGAUACCGGACUUCUGGAGUUUCAGGACGGUUAUGAUUUAAAAGGCAAAAGAAAGCAGGUGAAGAAGAAGGAAAAAAAAAAAAAAAAAGAAGAAGCUACACGCUGUAGUCGGUGCAUGUGCUGCCAAACUAUAAUGCUGCAACCAGGAGCACAAUUUCCAUGUUACACUCAAGUAUAUCAAGUAUUACUAAUGUUGUGUCAAAAAAAACAAAAAAAAAACUAAGUGAUGUACAACAAAACUUUCUCACCCAACUAACAGAGAACGUUGAUGAAGCGCCGACGGACUCGAGAAAACGCAGAGGGACAUUAAUUCACAUCCUGGUGCCAGCUGGUUAAGAAAAAAAAAUCAUUACUGUACUGAAAACAGUGUAUAAUUUAAAUAUAUUGAAAUACUAAUCAAAGAAGUCAGAUAUUGAAAACCGUAUGUAUUGUCUAUAGUGUGUGUUGUAGUCUAAAAAAAAAAAAAAGCAUAAUGAUUUUUGUAAGAAAAAGGACAAAAUGCAAAAAAACAGCAAGUUAAUAAACGGUGAAGUCUUGAGGCAAGGCUGCGCAAAGUGGUGACGGCUUAGUUGUUGUUGACUUGAGCUCUGCCCCGUCUUUAGCAUUGGACUUGUCAAGGCGAAAGUCUGAGUUGCACACACUUCUAUCUGCACAAGUCAUACAUACAGAAACAGGAAUAAACUUUACACACAGUG